AUGUCCACUACCGAAGUAGAGACCCUCGUUAUCGGCGCAGGCCCCACCGGUCUCGGUGCUGCCAAGCGUCUCAACCAGCUCAACCACGGCCCAUGGCUGCUCAUCGACGCCAACAAGGAGGCUGGCGGUCUCGCCUCCACCGACACCACCGACGAGGGAUUCCUCUUUGACGUGGGCGGUCACGUCAUCUUUUCGCACUACCAGUACUUUGACGACAUGAUCCACGAGGCGCUCCCCAACGCAGACGACUGGUACGAGCACCAGCGCGUAUCCUACGUGCGCUCCAAGAACGUCUGGGUGCCCUACCCUUACCAGAACAACAUUUCGGUGCUGCCCGUCCAGGAGCAGGUCAAGUGCAUCGAGGGCAUGAUCGACGCCGCCGAGGAGCGCGUGCGUGCCAAGGAGGCGCCCCAGAACUUUGACGAGUGGAUCCUGCGCAUGAUGGGCCAGGGCCUCGCCGACCUCUUCAUGCGUCCCUACAACUUCAAGGUGUGGGCCGUCCCCACCACCAUGAUGCAGUGCAAGUGGCUCGGCGAGCGCGUCGCCGCGCCUUCGCUCAAGCUCGUCGUCUCCAACACGCUCAACAAGAAGGUCGCCGGCAACUGGGGCCCCAACGCCACCUUCAAGUUCCCCGCACGCGACGGCACCGGCGGCAUCUGGAAGGCCGUGGCACGCACGCUGCCCCAGGACAAGCUCGUCUUCAACAAGCGCGUCGCCUCGGUCGACGCCGCCGCCCACACGGUGCAGCUCACCGACGGCUCGAGCAUCAAGUACAAGCACCUCAUCUCCACCAUGCAGCUCGACUUUUUGAUCGACAACGUCAAGCUGCCCGCCGAGGAGAACCACGCACAGCUCAAGGCCGCCGUCAAGGAAGGGCUCGUCUCGUCCUCGACGCACGUCAUCGGCAUCGGCAUCCGCGGCAAGCUGCCACCGCGCAUCGGCGACAAGUGCUGGCUCUACUUCCCCGAGGACGACUGCCCCUUCUACCGCGCCACCAUCUUCUCCAACUACUCGCCCUACAACUGCCCGCAGGCCGACGCGAAGCUGCCCACGCUCCAGUACGCCGACCCGUCCAAGGGCACGCCGUCGAGCGACGCCAAGGAGGGCCCCUACUGGUCGCUCAUGAUGGAGGUGUCCGAGUCGCACCUCAAGCCCGUCGACGCCCAGACCAUCCUCGCCGAGACCAUCCAGGGCUGCAUCAACACGCAGCUCAUCAACGCCGACGACGAGAUUGUCUCGACCUACCACCGCAAGUUUACGCCCGGCUACCCGACCCCGUCGCUCGGCCGUGACGCUGCGCUUGCCACGCUGCUGCCCGCGCUGGAGAAGCACGACAUCUACAGCCGCGGCCGAUUCGGCUCGUGGAAGUACGAGGUGGGCAACCAGGACCACUCGUCGGCGCUCGGAUGGGAGGCGGUCAACCGCGCGCUGCUCGGCACCCCGGAACUCACGCUGCUCAACCCGGACUGGGUCAACGGCCGUCGCAACCACGAGCUGCGCCUCAACUAG